AUGGCGACAGAUAUCUACAUUGGAAAGAGACUCUCCUUCGAUGGCCAACUCUGCACCGUUCGAUUUCGCGGCGCAGUCGAGGGCACCAAAGGAGAGUGGUUGGGUGUAGAGUGGGACGAUCCAACCCGUGGAAAGAACUGUGGCGAGCAUAAUGGCCACAAAUACUUUGACUGCCUCAGAAGACAUGCGCCAGCAGGUUCUUUUAUCAGACCAACUCGCAAGCCUGAUCAACCACGUUCAUUUGUGGAGGCACUAAAAGCAAAGUAUGCAGACGAUGACUUUGAGGAUCCCAGCGUAAAAGUAGUGUUUGUUAUGAAAGAAGGUGAUAAUGCCAAGGCAAGGAAGGACCCAGCCGCGAAGUUGAGUCAGCCGAUACGAUUCAACGGUAAGGUCGCAGAAGAGGUGGGCUUUGACAAGAUCAGAAAACAGCUUGCUCAAUUGGAGGAGCUCAAAUUCGUGAUCUUGGAUGGCUUAAGGAUGUGGAGGCCGGAGGUGAGGCCAAGUGCGAGAGCCAAAGAAGAGCUGGAAUGGCCACAAGGCGCGACAGACAUCAAAGAUGCGUGCCCAAAGACAUACGAGCUGGAUCUCAGUCGGAACCUAUUCGAAGAGUGGAGAGAAAUUGCUGCAAUUUGCGAGCAAUUGAACCGACUGAGGGUUCUGAGAGUCGACGGAACACGGUUCAGAGAUACAUCGUUAACAGAGGUCGAACUCGAUCGUUGCCUCCGGGUUUUCGCCAACAUCACAACUUUGAAGCUGGAAGAAGAUCUGCUCCCAUGGGAAGAGCUCGUCAACAUCACGCACCAGUUCCAAGCCCUCACCACAUUCUCAGCAUCCAGCAACUUCUACUCAAGCUUAACACCACACCUCUUGAACCCAACAAUUACCGACCUGACGUUGGAAGAUAACCUCUUCCCGUCCCUAUCCGUCCUCGAACCACUAACCAAGAUACCGAAUCUUCGACGCCUCGUCUUGAAGUCAAAUAAAAUUACCGAAAUUGGCAUACCGCCACCAAACUUUCGCGACUCACUCAAAGAAGUUGAUCUCUCCUUCAACGAAAUAACAACCUGGUCUUUCAUCGAGCAGUUGGAGCACACCUUCCCAGGCCUUACCAGUCUUCGCGUGUCUCACAACCCACUCUACGAAGCCCUCCAAGCGCCGGACGGCCGUUCUCUCACCGCAGACGAUGGGUAUAUGCUCACAGUGGCGCGACUCGGCAACCUCAAGACAUUGAAUCACAGUCCCAUAAGCGACAAAGAGCGGCUCAACGCCGAGUCAUACUACCUUUCGCUCAUAGUGAAGGAAGUGCAGUUUGCACCAGAGAAGCUACGAGAAGAAAUCCUGAGCAGUCAUCCAAGAUACAAAUUGCUCUGUGAAGAGUACGGGGAGCCAGAUAUCAAGCGGAGCAAGAAUGCGGUCAAUCCAAACUCACUUGCUGCGCGGCUGCUACGCAUCAACUUCUACCUGGCAAACGAUAGAUCAAAAGCAUGUGAGGCUGAGAUACCAAUGAGCUGCACGGCGUAUACGGUCCUCGGUGUCGUGGGUAAGCUGUUCGGUGUCGUACCAACGGGUUGCAAACUUAUCUGGGAAACCGGCGAUUGGAUGCCAGCGAGAAGGACAAUGGCUGAAGUGGAAGAAGAGGACUGGGAUUCUGAGGAUAGUGAAGAUGAAGCAACCACAAGUAGAAUGAUGCGAGAGGUUGAGAUCACACCAGGCACAAGAUCGAUUGGGACGUGGAUUGAUGGCAUAGAGGCUACUGUGAGGGUUGAGCUGGAAAUGUAA